CUUUUUUAAAAUAAAUAAUUUUUUAUAGUUUUUUUCUCAAUAUUUCUGUAUUUGGUCUUAUUUUAUUUAUUUUAUUAAAAAAGAAUAUACUAUUAAAAUAAAUUAAUAUAAAAUUUAAAAAAAAUAAUAAUAAUAAUAAUAUGAAACCUUUGAAAGCUAGAACACGAUCAGUUUCACCAAGUAUUCGUGUACCAUCUGAACAUAAUCCUUUAAAAUCUUCAUUUGCGAAUAGGUCCUCUUUUUUUAAGCGUACCGUUAAUAAAAUAUCAUCUUUAUUUGAAAAAAGAAGAUAUAAACCUAUUAUAUUUUUUAUUUUAUUAAUUUUUUGUCUUGCUUUAUUUCAUACUAUUUUAAGUCCAAUAUUCCCUGGAGGGGAAUAUCACCAACUUUUAAUAGAAAAACAGAAAUAUGAUUCGAUACCAUAUAUUGGAUUAGAUCAAAAUAUACCAGCUGAAUUGAUAGAAGGUACAACAAUUUAUCACGUUAGUAAAGAAUUUGGACCAGCAACAUUGAGUAAUGUGGGUCAAGUAGUAACAAGUUUGGCAUCAUCACAAGCGAAUAAUGGUUCACUUGAUGUGAAUGUGAUAAUACCUUAUUAUUCUUUUAUAAAGAGAUUAUAUAGGUUACAAAAAUUUGCUCAACUAGAAGUACAAAUUCGUGAUAGUCAUCAAAAAUGGAAACCUGUAAAAUUUUUUGUUCACAGAUUUUUGUGGAAUAUUACGAGUAAUCCAGAUGAUCCAAAUGGUAAGAUCACGAACCUUUCGGAACCUCGUUCGGUUCAAGUUUACUUAAUUGGAUCACCAAAAGGCGUAUUUCCUCUUGAUUUAUCUUUUAUAGCUGAUGAUGCUACGGGAAUUUAUUCUUCACGAUAUCCAUUAUCACAAGAUUGGCAAGAUAUAUUUUUUUGUAAGGCAGCUGCUGAACUGAUUACAUAUCUUAAUACGGAUAUCGAUACACCACUUUUUGAUUUAAAGGAAGCUAGAGGUGUAGAUGUUGUGCACCUUCAUGGAUCACCAAAUGCUCUUGUAAUUGAAUUUAUGAAAUCAUUAUAUGUAGGAGGAAAAUUUAAAAUGGCACCACCAUCAAUUGUUUAUACUAUACAUGAUCAUCUUAAAGAACAUUUAUAUUCAAAUUCGAUCGUUAAUGUACAGAAAUUUAUAGAAUUAAAAAAUUAUCCUAAAGUAAGAUCACAAUAUUUUAAUGGGCGUCAAUUGUAUACAUCAGCAAUUGGAAUCGAUCAAGCACAAAUGGUAACUUUUACUUCCAAAAUUAUCGCUCAAGAAAUGGUUGAAGACUCGAUGGAUUUCUAUGCAAAAGAACUUAUAAUACCAAGUAUUCUUAAAAGAGCUAUUAAAGGAGAGUGGAUUGGUAUCUCAAAUGGACUUGAUUUUAAUUUAUAUAAUCCAUUUAAUGAUAUACUGUUAGUAGAAACCAAUUCGAAUUUUCCAAAAAACAUUCACAAUUUUGAUCCAGCUCUUUUAUAUGCCGAAUCAAUAGAAAAUUCUACACAAUCACUUAUUACCACAUCAAAAUUUAACGCAAAACUUCAUUUAGUCAGAGAAGGAUUACUAUUAAAGGAAGAUUUAAAUCGUACAAUAGUUUUAUUUAUUGGAAAUUUUCAGUACACUAAAGGAUUAGAAUUUUUCCAAGCGGCGAUAGAUCUUUUAGUAUCAAAAAAUAUUAAAUUUAUAAUUAUGGAAGAUAGUGGUUUUCCUAUAAGUUCAUUAAAACAUCUUGUAAACUAUUAUCCCAAUAAUCUUGUAAUUAUAGACGAUGUAGAUUUUAAAUUGAGUUGGGGAAAUUUAUAUAGAACAGCAGCAGAUAUAUUAUUUGUACCAAGUAAAACGGAAAGUUUUGGGUUAAUGGCAGCAGCUGAAGGAUUAUUAUUUGGAAGUCCAAUAGUUAGUAUUGGAUCCGAAAAAUUAAAAGAAUAUUUAGUUAAUAAGACAAAUAUGAAUAAUUAUAAUUCUUAUUUAUAUAAUUUAAAAGAUGAAAAUAAUUCCGAACUUUCAAUUAACGAAAUGAAAAUAGCAUUAAAUAAUUCUGUAGAUGAUAUGAUAAGAUUAAAUAAUAAUCCUAUAGAAAAAGAAAUUUUUAUUAGAAAAAUAAUUAAAGAUGCAUUAAAAUUAGGAUGGAAUAGACCUGGUGGACCUAUUGAAGAAUAUAUUAAAGUUUAUCGAACGGCUUUACUAAAAUUAAGAAAAAAACUUAAUUAAAAAAAGAAUUUUAUUAUUUACAAAAACUUCUAUUAUGUAUAACUUAAUAAUAAUUUAUAUAUAGAUUUAAUAUUAUAUUUGUAAUUUUAUUAAUUUUAUUUAAUAUAUUUAUAUAAUAAAAUACGGAGGGUAAUCCGAUGUAAUCGUGCCUCAGAUCAGGUUCAUGUGGCGGGUCAUAUAAUUAUUACAUGAAAUUAAAGUUUCAAAUUAUUACUAUUAUUACCGAAUUACGGCGCGGUGGUCGUACAAUUGAUACAAUGAUGCAUCGGCAUGUCAGUAAAAAUUUUAAUUUUAAAAAAAAAA